ACAUUGGCUAUUUCCACACUCAUGUCUUCAAAAGGAGGAAAUUCGUAAUCUGAAUUUGUUAAGGUGAAGCAGCGCGUUUUAGGAAUGUAAGGUUUGAAGAGGGAAAAUAAACGGAGGAAGUUACAUUUGAGAAGCUAUAUAACAAGUCUCUGUUCUUAUUCAAGCUUCAAAUUAUGUUUGGAAACCGUACAGAUAAGUUACAAGACUCACUAAUACAACUCAGGAUCGCAGCAAAGCAAGUAAUGCGCUUCUCUGAAAAGGCAGCAAGGGAAUCUGAAGUCCAAAAGCAAAAACUAAAAAAGGCUUUAACAUCUGGAAAUAUUGAGUGUGGUAGAAUUUAUGCUGAAAAUGCUAUUAGAAAACAGAAAGAGUCCACUAAUUACCUCCGGAUGGCGUCUCGUUUUGAUGCUGUCCAGUCACGCGUACAAACUGCUCUCACAAUGAAUCAGGUGGUAAAAAAUAUUGGUUCUGUCACGAAUGAACUUGAAAAAGUUAUGCGCACCAUGGAUUUGGAGAAACUCGAAAAGGUCAUGAGUAAAUUCGAGUCUCAGUUUGAAGAUCUCGAUAUUCGUUCUUUAACUAUGGAAAAUUCCAUGAAAAAUAUAUUUACUCUUUCAGCUCCUGAGGAUGAGAUUAAUUCGUUGAUAAAACAGGUGGCAGAAGAAAACAGUCUUGAAGUUUCACACGCUAUUGCAGACGCUCCUGUUGUUGGUGGUACACUUUCCGUUAAUUCAGAGUCAUCUAGGGAUGCUGAAGAUGACGCUCUUACAAGAAGGUACUGUAAUUUGUGUGCUUCUCAAUCUUUUUAGAGGCCAUUAAUCGAAUGUGGGUAAUCUUUUCAGAUGUGUUGUCUUGAGUUUUGUUUUUGAGAGCUAAUAGUUACCUUUAUUGGGUUGUGUAUUCAGACUAUAACAUGGCCACCACCUCUUCAUAAAUCUUUAUUUAUUUUUAUUUCAGGCUUGCUGCACUCCGUCAAUAAAACCUGUCAACUUCAGUGUUUUGUUGCUCCAUCUGGUCAAUAAUAAUUUAUUCUGAUUAUUUUUCAUCGUUAACAGGUUACUCAUAAGCUCAUUUUUGUAUUUUUGCUCUUUCUAAACUUUACUUUGAAGGAUAUUUUCUCUUUGAAAUUAGUUGUACAAACCCAAAUGGACCUAUUUUGUUUCACUUCGCAAAACGUUUAUAAUAUGGUGCACCGUCAGAUUUCUUGCAGAUCCUUGAAGAAAUUAUAUAUUUUGUAUUGCUCGCUUAUCACUGAAAUGAUUUUGUGAAUAAAAUGGACUAUAUGUCUAAUACAUUUACUAGUAUUAUUUAUUAAUUGUUACAAUCAUUUAAUUUUACUUCCAGUGCAGUGUUUUGUUUUUCUAGUGGCGUUAUGUACAAACUAGCCCGACUGUGGUUAAUUAUUGUUGACCUAUUAAACAACCAGUUCGCUU